AUGGAUGGGCUGCGGGCCGAGGUCGACACCAGUCGCCCCUUCCGCUCCGUCAAGGAGGCCGUCGCCCUCUUUGGCGAGCGGUUCUUGGCCGGGGAGGUCUACUCCCCGAGCGGCGCCGCCGCUGCCAGGCGGGAGACGACGCCGAGGGCCCUCCCGUCUCCUCCAACAGUUUCGCCGCUCUCUCUUUCUUCUCAGUCGCUGUUGAACACAGAAAGAGAGGCCGCGCUGGAGAGAUCCUUGAAGAGGCUGGAGUUCGAACUGGAGGAAACCAGACGGGAGCUAACCCUGCUCAAGAUGAGGGAGUCGGAGGUGGAGCUGGCCGUGGCUUCGCUCGGCGCGGAGCUGCAGAAGAACGCCACAAGACUGGCGGAGGCGGAGGCAGCGACAGCGGCGGCGGUGAAGCCAUCGAGGACCAGCCAGCCCUGGGAAAUCGGCAGCGGGCGCUACGGGGGGGACAGAGCAAGCGAGCUGUCCGCUGGCUUCGAGUGCUCGCCGACUCUGGCGCAGUUGCUGAGUCUCAGCGAGGGGGAGAGGCCAAGGGGGAUUCUGAAGAAGGAAAAGCCGAUUAUCCCUCUGAUCACCGGCGUACUCUCGACGAAGAAGAGCUCAUCCACUGACCCCCAUCACCUCGCCAGUCGCUCUUGUUCAGGUCUCAUUUUCUAG